AUGUUUACGCUUGACGUCACAGGACCCAUCCCCUCCUCCUUGACCCUCUCUGCCCUCUCCUGUCCCCUACUAUUACUGCGCAUAGUCACUACUUCGGAGCAGAAGAAGAGGAAGGCUGCCACAUUGUUUGCCUUACACUACCUUCAAGACAAGACUGAGCGUCAGGGCAUUUCCACUCGCAGUGCGCAAAGGACAAGCAAAAAUGAUGCGACUGGCAACUUUUUUCUGGUCACCCGGACACUUAGGGCUCCGCCAUUGUACUCCCGCUUGGGGGUCAUGGUCUUCGAGCUACGCCAGGAGCCCCUCCAGAUCUUUGGAGUUAAGACAAUAAACAGUGGCCUCGAGCGGGAGAGUGCGCUUCGCCUUGGCGGUCUCUUUGGUCAACCUCCAAUAUCAACCAUCAAAAUGUAG